AUGCAUAAAACCCAUCUACCACUUUUGGAUUAUAGAUGCGGCAAGAGGAAUACCAUUUGGCGCUAUGCACUCUACUCCAAUAGACAAGAAGUGGGAUGGAUUCGCGGAUAUUUGCGAACAAUUUUGGUUUUCCAAUUACUCGGACUUUCUCUGGGUGCAAGUGUGUCACCACCCAAAGUGGAACACGAGGGGCUUUGUCCCAACACACUUAACACAAAUCUCUGGGUUGACGCACAAAGCACCUGCGAGAGAGAAUGCAACGUUGAUGAGGACUGUGCUGACUUUGAGAAGUGCUGUACCAACGUGUGCGGCCUCAACAGUUGUGUAGCUGCACGAUUCUCCGAUGGCACCACUGCUCAGCCUGAUGGCCUUGGGGGGAAAGGGGACGGCGCCCCGGGGUCCACGGCGACCUGCGAUGGAUUCAUCUGCAGCCAGCAGGGAGCCACAUGUGACAUCUGGGACGGCCAGCCCAUCUGCAAGUGUCGGGACCGAUGCGAGAAAGAGCCCAACUUCACCUGCGCAUCGGAUGGCCUCACGUAUUUCAACCGCUGCUACAUGGAUGCAGAGGCCUGCAUCCGGGGGGUGACUCUCACUGUGGUCACCUGCCGAUUCUACCUCGCAGGACCCCACACUAGUCCGCUGCCUCAGGGCACGACUGCUUAUCCCACACCAACAUCCUCUGAGGAGGAACCAAUGCCACCCACGCUGUACUCCAACCCUCACCACCAGUCCAUCUAUGUCGGAGGCACGGUCAGCUUCCACUGUGAUGUCAUAGGCAUCCCCAGACCCGAUGUAACCUGGGAGAAACAAAGUGAGCGGCGCGAGAGACUCGUCAUGAGGCCGGAUCAAAUGUACGGCAAUGUGGUGAUUACCAACAUUGGAAAGCUUGUCAUCUAUAACGCCCAGGUGUGGGACACGGGCAUCUACACGUGCAUUGCACGCAAUUCCGCAGGGGUUCUCCGUGCAGACUACCCUCUAUCAGUCAUACGCCGGGCUGAUGACGACUUCUCUGAUGAUCCGGAGAUGCCCAUGGGGAGGCCCUUCUCACCAGCUGACUGCCUGGCUGAAGUGGACACGAGAGUGUGCAGCGGUGAGCGCCAUACGGAUUGGUACUAUGACAGCAAGCUGGGCUCUUGCAUGGCGUUCAGCAAUGGAGGAUGUGAGGAUAGCCGCAACCGAUUUGAGACUUAUGAGGAAUGUAAGGCCUUCUGUCAGAGAGAGGGGAAUGGGAUCUGCUCCCUACCUUCAGUCCAGGGCCCCUGCAAAGCUUGGGAAGUGCGUUGGGCUUGGAAUUCCAUCAUGAAGCAGUGCCAAGCUUUCGCCUACGGUGGCUGCCAUGGGAAUGCUAACAGCUUCGGCACGCAAAAGGAGUGUGAAGCAAACUGCCCAGCACCCAAAAGGAAACCUUGCAAGACGUGUAGGCUUAAGGGGAAAAUGGUGCCUAGUUUAUGCCGCAGUGACUUUGCCAUUGUGGGGCGGCUGACCGAGCUCGUUGAGGAUCUGGACUCGGGAUUGGCCCGCUUUAGCUUGGAAGAGGUUCUCAGAGAUGAAAAGAUGGGCUUGACUUUCUUCAACACCAAACACCUUGAGGUGACCAUUGACAAGAUAGACUGGAGUUGUCCUUGCCCAAACAUCACCUUGGAGGAAAACCCUCUGCUGGUGAUGGGCGUGGUGCAGGACGGCAUGGCCAUCAUCCAGUCAGACAGUUACGUCAGAGCAAUAACUGAUCGCAGACUUAAGAAGCUUCGUGAAGUUCUGGUUAAAAAGACCUGCCAGACAUUGUAA